AUGGAAGAUAGUUUCAGACUCCGUGUAGAGAAAGCUUUUGGUUCUCUUCCUAUUCCUUCUUCCGCUUCCCUUUGGUCUCUCUCUGAAGACGAAAUCAUCAACAACAAACCCAAACCCGAACCCGAAACCAAACCCUACCCAACUUCUUCCGGUCUCGAACCUGACCUGGACAACGACCUCGACGAAAACGAAAACGCAAACGCCGCCGCUCCAUCUAAGCCGUCCGACUACGAUGAUGAACAGUGGCAGGUUAAAUCUGGUAUCGGUCUCGACUGCACCCUCGAUUUUGAGGAAGAGGAAGAUCAUUAUGAUAAACAAGCUUUGGGCCAAGAUGACACGGGGGAUCGUUUGUAUAUGAAUGCUAUAAAUGAAGAUGGAAUCGGGAUAAGUUCUCGUGCUUUUGGAGGUUUUUCGAGAGACCCGCGAGCAAAUCAUGUGGCUGCUAAGAUUAAGCUGGAGCAGGAUGACGGAGGAGCAAACGGAAUUGAUGUUUUGCGUGUCUCUGCCAAAUCUACUACAUCUGACGUUGGUGGCGGUGGGGGUGAUUCUGUUAGUGUUAACCCCAAGUCAAUUUUGAAGAGUAAAGAUAAUACUUCGGAGUCUAGGCCAAAUAAACGUGUUCGGUUUGAUUCUGAAUGUGAUAAUAGAGAUGGUAAUGGUGAUGAUGAGAAGGAAGGAACCAGGGAUGUUCGCAUGAAGAGCUCUUCAAUGGAAGAGGAUGCAGCUUUAAAUCAGCCAUCAAAGUUGCAGGAAUUUGCUUCAGCAGUUCCUGAUUAUAUCCGCAAUCCUUCAAGAUACACACAUUAUACUUUUGAUUCUUCAACUGACAUUGAUGACAAAGCAAAUAAGGAGGCAUACAUGAGCUUCCUUGCACAGAUAAAAGGUUCAAAUGCAUCAACACAGGCAGAUGAAGCGUUGGAUGAUCUUCCAUCUGUUACCUUUAUACCGAAGAAGAAAUCCGGUGAUGUCACUAUGGGAGAGAAUGAGACAGUGUCAAAGCUUAAGCUUGAUGUUGACAAGGAUUGCAUGAAUAAAAAAGCUUUCCCUGUUAGCAUAGCUGCUGCUGGCGACACUGAAAACAGUGACGUAUGUGCAAUGGAGGAGGAUGGGCAGGAAGUUAUUGAGGAUACUAAAAGGAGCUCUCAGAGGUCGAACCGCAAGUACAGGAAGAAAACGGAUGAGGAGUUGGAGGAGCCUGUUGUUUAA